GUAUCAGUGACACCAGCUCUCCAGGAUAAGCCGGAGCACCUUGCAGCCCCCAGCCAUGCCUGUGUUCACCUGAGAAGCCUGGUAUUUUACACUUAAAGCUAAUCUUAAUGUCACCAGUCAAGUCCCAAGGCAGAGCCAAUGUCAAGAAACCGAGAGCAGAGGCAACCAGAAACCCCCAAAAUGUAAGACCGAGUGGUUCUAAGGCACCCCAGCCUCCCUCUAAAGUGCCGAAAAGGAAACAUAAAGGAAGGGAGAAUUCACCAAAUCUAGAGGAUGAAAACGGCGAUAAAGUGAAGCCUCAUAAAAGGAAAGAAGCAAAUGGUUCAUCACGACCACCAAACAAGACAAUCAAGCUGAAGGAUCCACCAAAAGCGGCUACAAAGAAACCGGGAAGAGUCGGCAGCAAGUUCCCUGCCAAGACUGAAACCAAGAGAAAUGGCAAAGAAACGCAGAGUGAUGAGCAAUCGGAGAGUAGUGCAGAAGAGUCUACGGGUGUGAGUGAAGAGGAGACUAGUAACAAUGAGGAUGAGGAGGAGGAAGAGGGCACUAAUGAAGAGCAAGCUGAGACACAGGAGAGUGAGCAGAGUAGUGAGGAGGAGACGGAGGCAUCAGAUACUCAAAGAGACACAGAACAGACAGCAGCAGGGGAAACUGACAGGGAGUCUUCAGAAGAAGCCAAGAGUGAGUCUGAGGUUGAGCUAGUGGCGUCCAACGCAGAGGAAGAGGAAGACACUGAGGAAGUUGUAGUAUCUAAGGAUUUCACUGAGGAUGGGGCUGAAAAUGAAGAGAUAACCCAGGAGGACCUAUCUGAGCAGCCAACAGCUGAUAAAGCCAACAGAAGACGCAGACAACAACCAAACUCCAAGAUGGUUAAAAAAACAAAGGCAGAAAAGCAGUCGGAGAAAGCAGAAAAACAGAGGGCCAAAGCAGAAAAGAAAAUGCUAGAAAAGGAAGCCAAACAAAAAGCCAAAAAAGAGAAAAAGAUACCGCAGAAAGAGGGCAAACCUGCUUCUGGAACAAAUGAGGUCAAAUCAUCUGUGAAAGGUUUUCCCCUGAACAAGGUCGACAUGGAAAAAAACAAGACCUUGUUAUCAAACAAAUUAAAACACAUCAAAAAGAAGGAUCGUCUUGUAGAAGCUGAUUCAGAUGAGGAAGAUGAGGAAGAGGAGGAGGAGGAGGUGGUGGAGGCUGAUACACAGUUGUCCAAAGCCAUCAAAACCCAAAACCGAAUAACGCCUCUCAAAGCCAAAGGUAAAGACCUCAAAGCCAUUCUGGAGCCUGACGAACCCAAAGAAACCCAAAGUCAAGAGCAGCCACAGAGUUUGCUUUUACCCAAGGUCAAGAUGAAAACUUCCCAAGACGAAGAAAAUAAUUCAGAUCCUGAUAUGGAAACAUCAGCAAAUGAGGCCAUUGAUGAUGAGUGUAGUAAACGAAUGGAGCGGAUUAUUGCACAGAAAAAGAGAACGACAGCUCUUAACAGAAUGUCUGGAUGGAUUCAGAAGAAAAUGCACAGGGAGUUUAACUUCAGGAGGAGGCUUUCUGCUUGGACUAAAGCCAUCGGCGUCUCUCGCUGGCUCUCCUUUCGUGCCAUAAAACAAAAACAAGGCACCAGGAAAUCCAAAGGCACUUUCUUCAAACAUAGGGUGGCCAUGAGAGUCGCCAGCACGACUAGCCUGGCCAGAAGAAACAAAAACAGUUCCUCUCAGGAAAAAAUGGUUGACGAGAAAGACGGAGGGGGUGUGGAAGAUGAAGGAGCCCCAGUGGAGGAGAAAGAGAUAGAAGCCAAGUACGCCGUUGUACUCCCCAGGAUGAACAUCGUCAGCAAGGCAAAGUCAGUCGCGGUGUCGCCAGGACCUCCUGGGCCUUCCACUUCAUCAAGUACCACAGAAUCACCAGGAGAGGCCACAACUUCUCAGCCCAAACCCCCAAAACCAGGUGCUAGACUUGUGCUCCCUGUCAAGCCAGAUUUCAGCCUCCUUAAGACCAUCAAGAAGCCUUUGCCAGGAACAUUAUCAUCAGGUGGGGAUGUGGCAGAGAGGGUCCCUGGGUCCAGCGGUACACUGGAAGGACCAACCAAUCCUGAAGACAGAGGCAGGAGAGCCAACCUUGACAAUGGGACAGGAGUCAGUGUGCUACAGGCUGCAAGAGGGAGACUGGGCCCCUCCCAGAUCAACAUGACCAAGAUGUCUAUUUCAGGAGGAAUGCCAGGUGGAGGACUGACUCGGGCCAAAGAACCGGAGCCAGAGAGAGACGAUACAGCUGGAAUACCCAGUUCAGCCGCUCAGCCCUUACCAAAUGGAGAGGCAAAUGCAGUGAUGUCAGGCGUGUGCUCCUUGUAUGAAGAAGACACUGACAGGGAAGUAGCCCAGCUGAUGGGUUUGGAACCCGAGGUGCACUGGACUGGGAACCCACGGAUGAGUGGAAACCCACAGGACUGGCUCAGUGCCGACAACCUGUUGCCCCACCAGACGGUGGAAAAGCUAAACAAAUGGACAGCCUAUGACAACGGGGGACAGUCCAGGGCCCCAUGGGAAUCAGAGGACCCCACCCAGGUGAUGUUGGAGAGCCGACUGAUCAGCACACAGUUUGUUUUGCCAAGAAGCAAACAAGUUGUCGAGGUGGAUGAAGUGGAAGAUUUGUCACAACUGAAAGAGGUCAGCGAGAGCUCUGUGCUUUUGAACCUGAAGAAGAGAUUCCACCGUGAUUGUAUUUAUACUUACAUUGGAAACAUACUUCUGUCCAUGAACCCCUUCAAGGCCCUUAAUAUCUACACAGAUGAGCUGAGACAGAAGUACCAGGGCAGAGCACAACAGAAAAAUCCCCCCCACGUGUACGCCAUCGCUGACAUGGCCUUCAGUGAGUCUCAGAGCGACACGCAGGAGCAGUGCAUCGUUAUCAGUGGCCAGAGCGGUUCAGGAAAGACGGAAGCCACCAAGCUGAUAGUCCACUACCUCAGCUCGAUGUACCAGGGCGCAGACAACAACCUGCGACAGCCCAUGGAGGUCUUUCCCAUUCUGGAGAGUUUUGGGAAUGCCAAGACGAUCCUCAACAACAACUCCAGCCGCUUUGGGAAGUACCUCCACAUCCACAUUCUCCAUGGCGUUGUCAUAGGAACCUCACUGUCCAAAUAUCUCCUGGAGAAGUCCAGAGUUGUAUUUCAGGCCAAUAAGGAGAGGAACUACCAUGUGUUUUAUGAGCUGCUGGCUGGUAUGAAUGACUGGGACAAACAGGAGCUGUACCUGCAGGGAGCUGAGACCUAUUACUACCUAAACCAAGGUGGCUCCUGUGAGUUGAAUGAGAAGCAGGACAAACAGGACUUCCAACUUUUGGUUCAGUGCUUCGAGACCAUCGGGCUUCACGCCGACCAGAUCUCCAACAUCUGGGCCAUUCUGUCCUCCAUCCUGCAGCUCGGCAACAUCUGCUUCAGCUCUUAUGAGAGCGAGUCCUUCGAGGUGUCCCACAUCUUCAGUGAGGCUGAGACCAGGAGAGUGGGCUCCUUGCUGCAGAUUUCCUCCGAGGCCCUGCAGACCGUCAUCACACACAGAGUCACAGAAACGACCUACGACAGGAUCUACUGCCCUCUGUCUGUGGAAAGUGCCAUAGAAUCCCGAGAUGCCAUUGCCAAAGCCUUGUACGCAGUUUUGUUCGACUGGUUGUUGGAGCAGAUCAACGACUGGCUGAGUCCCGCAGAGAUGGACAGCACGGUCGGGAUUCUGGACAUCUAUGGGUUUGAGGACCUGGAGGUGAACAGCUUUGAGCAGCUGUGUAUCAACUUUGCCAACGAAAAGCUGCAGCACUUUGUCAACAAGGCAGUGAUCGCUCAGGAGCAGGAUGAGUACACUGCAGAGCACAUCCAAUGGUACUCGGUGCCACUCAAGAACUUCCACUCUUGUCUGGAGAUGAUCUCCUCUAGACCACAAGGCAUCCUGCGUAUACUGGACGACCAGACCAGCCUCCCUCAGGCCACUGACCACACCUUCCUCCAGAAGUGCCACUACCACCAUGGGAACAGUCCCUACUAUGCCAAGCCCAAGAACCCACAUCCAGUCUUCACUAUUUAUCACUAUGCUGGAGCGGUCACCUAUCAGGUCCAUAAUUUCCUGAAUAAGAAUCAUGACCAGUUUAGGACAGAAGUGGUGGAGCUUUUUGCCAAGAGUCAGUUAAAGAUGGUUUCAGAGCUGUUCCGGAAGGUUCAGGACGGUUACAUUCAGCAGAGAGAGUUGGGAUGGAGAGGCAGGGGCCUCCGCCAUCAGCCCUCUACUGUUACCUCACACUUCCUCCAGUCCUUGAAUGAACUCACCACGCGCCUGGAGAGAUGCAAAACUAUGUUUAUUCGUUGUGUGAAGCCAAACUUUGUCAAGCUUCCUGGUAUAUUUGAUGUGGACUAUGUGUCAGCCCAGCUGAGACAUGCAGGGAUGAUGGAGACCAUCCACAUCAGGAAAGAGGGUUUUCCCAUACGGAUUCAAUACCAUUACUUCAUUGAAAGGUACGGGGUUCUGCUCAACCUGCGUGAGGUUGAGCAGUCAGACAGGGAACAGACGGUGGCUCUGCUGGACAUGAUUGGUGCAGAGGACGAGCACUACCGACUGGGCCUCACCAAGGUGUUCCUCAAGGAGCUGCUGCACCAGCAGCUGGAGGACAAGUGGAUCACCACUCAGACCUGGGCUGCCGUCACUAUCCAGAGGAACAUCAGGGGCUUCCUCUGCCGGAGGAACUUUAAGUUCUUCAGACAGAAAGCCAUCGUCAUCCAGAGCCACAUACGAGGACACCAGGCCAGGAAGCACUUCAAGCGCCUAAAGCAGUCCUUCACCCAGUUCUGGGCUGCGAUGCUCGUAACUAGAGACACCAUCAAGAGACGCCACUGGAGGAAGGAAUUACAUGAGAGAAACAAAGAAACGGUGAGAAAGAAGAAGUCUGUGUCUCCAGGAAUGGAUGUUGGGAGAUUGGAGAUUCCUGCUGAGCUGUCGGCCAGACUUCUCAGUUCCACAGGGCGGCAGCAUUUGCCAGCGGUUACAGAGGCUGCACCUCCUCAGGUGAAAGCGAAACACAAUCUCGGUCUGCCUCGGGAUAUAGACAGAUUCCCGUUCUCUCGCUAUGCCAAGUCCACAUUAAAGGAUACAUGGGGCCAGCCUCAGGAAUACCCCCUUCAGAGGCCGCUCACCCCUCUGGAGCCAGAAGAUGCCAAAACCGCAGUGGAAAUUUACAAACUGAUCUUGAGGUUUACAGGUGAGCAGGAUCUCAGCAGCUGGCAGGAGCAAAUGUUGGGUAAUUACAUUGUGGAAAAGUGCCAGAGCCGGCCAGCUCUGAGGGACGAGGUCCUGGCCCAGCUGGCUUACCACACUUGGGGCCUGCAGGAGGAGAAAGGCCUGAAGGGCUGGCUGCUGCUGGCCUGCUGCCUCAGUGCCUUUGCCCCCUCGCAAUCACUGGACAAACACCUGCUCAAGUAUGUGUCAGACUAUGGUCCAGGUGGGUACCGUUCACUGUGCCAACACAAACUGCUCACGUCUCUGCAGCUUCCAGCUCCCACGUCACGCAUUUACCCUCCCACCCACCUGGAGUGGACGUCUAGCCAGAGAAAGGGCGCCAUGCUGUUGGAUGUGCACACUUUUAAUGAUGAGAAACUAGCAAGUGAAGUGGAGUCGUGGACUACUGGUGAGCAGCUGGCCUCAUGGCUUCUCAAUUUCAGAGGUGUGAUGGAAGCGACGCAGGGCUGGUCGGUGUCUCUUUUGAACGAGGAAGGCUGGUCAGAUCUGGCCGGCUCAGACUUUGUCAUGGAUCUGCUGGGGGGAGCAGAAUCUGAAGUGGUGCCACCUCUAGCUGCAAACUCGGACUACCUGUUCAGCCAUGAAGACAGGACGUCAGCUGCAGAUUCAUUUGACAUCAUCCCACCAGCACCUCCAGUACAAGCUCCUCGCCUGUCUUCUCACGAGGGAGGACGCUGGGGAUUAGAUUAUCCGCAGGAAGGGCGCAGUCGACAAAUAGAUGCCUACGUUGACGACUUGUUUGAUCCUGUACUCGACCAAGGACCUCCGGACAGGGACAGAGUAGCCAUGUUCAACAACAGGAUGAGAGGAGGAGGAGGGAUUGGACCCAUGCAGCCUGGCAUGUAUGGAGCUGGUAUGCCGAUGACAAUGCCAACCUAUCCUAUGGGAAUGCCAGUUACCCCUACAAUGCCCACCUAUGGUGCCGCUCCCAUGAUGCCAACUAUGGCAGCCAUGCCAACCAUGCCAGCCAUGAUGAUGCCUCAGGCCGCCAUGCCGACUCCUUCCAUCAUGGACCCAAUGCAGUCUGCAGCAGCACAGCAGGCCCUUCUCAACCAGCAGGCCCUUCUCAUGGCCCAGCAGAUGACCAUGCAGGCUAUGAGUCUGUCCCAGCACCAGGUGCAGGAGCAGCAGAAGAAAGAGGAGCAGAAGCAAAAGCAGACGGAGCAGGAGCAGAGACGGAAGGACGACGAGCAGAGACGGAGGGAGGACGAGCAGAGACGGAGGGAGGAGGAGAGAAGGCGGGAUAGGCGUCACGACGAGGAGGAGCGGCUUCAGAGACGCAAGUCAGAUCGACGCAGCAGGGAACGCUCUCUGUCGCCCGCCGCUCGAUCUCCAUCACCUCCACCUGUCCAAGCCAGGCCACCAAAGAAAAAAGUCACCUCCUCCUACAAGGCACCUAAACCACAAUCAGAGGAAGAAGGUGAGUCAUCCGAUCCAGAGGACCUGCACUCUUUCAGAGAAAAGAGGGAUUUUUUCCAGAAAAAAGGCAAGAAGCCCAAGGGUAAAACCGAACCCCCAAAGCGUCAGUCGACCCGCUCCCGAGAGCAGCGGCCUCCUCCACCUUCUCCUUCUCCUUCUCCACCACCUUCACCUCCUCCUCCUCCUCCAAAGCCUAGUAUGAAGGACACCAGUGACCCCCCUGCUAAGGUAGAACCUCCAAAACCAUCACCUUCCCAGCCUCGGCCCGAACCGACCUCCAACAUCCGAGAUAUCAUCAAAAUGUUCAACAGCCGACCCGCACAGGACCCCGAACCCUUCGAGCCCGUCAGACCCACUACAAGGCCGUUUGUGAAGAAGGGGAACCCGAAACAGGAAGCUCUGGACAAACUCAGCAAUGUGUCACCAGUACCACCACAGGAAAGACGCCUGCCACCUCAAACACCACCCAAGCCUGACUCCAAAGGUCCCCGCUCCAUCUCCAACAGCAUGAAGCAGAAGCAGCGCCCUCUGGUGGAAAUGCUGCUGUUACCGCGCGUUCCGCAACCUCCGCCUCCUCCCCCCGACUGCCCACCACCGCCUCCUCCUCCUCCACAGCCCAUCCUGCAGGAUAUUCCUGAGCCACCAACCAUGAUUGCCCCAUCUAUCAGCGAUAUGAUGCCAGAUGAUGACGGCAUUCAGUCGCAGCUGCAUCGCUUUUCAGCAGGCGUCUACUUUGCCUACUCGAACAUGCUGGGGAAACUGUACAUGCGAAAAGAAGUUUUUUACCCCAAAGAGAUGUUCAAUCAGCCGUACAUCCUCAAUCUGCUCUGUGAACAGAUCAUGAGGGACACGUACUCCGACAGCUGUAUGAGGAUCGACAAAGACGAGAGGAGGAAGAUGAAGGAUCUGCUCGCAAACUUCAACGUGGGAACAUCUAUCAGCACUAUCGAGGACGACAACAUGAAGAGAAGGAUUGUCAUUGCUGCUCGAGACAACUGGGAAAACUACUUCAGUCGACUCUUCCCUCUGAUGCUGUCGCAGGCGGACAGCGGCGAUGCUCAGGUUCUGGGUGUGUCCCAUCGUGGGAUUAAUCUCUUGAAGGUUGUCGGAGCGUCUGGCAUCAACCCCAAACAUCUCCGUCACCUUAGAAGUUACAGCUUUGCAGAGUUGCUGUCCGCCGACCUGCAGGACGCAGACAAGGUGCAGGUGGAGUUGAAGCACGAGAACCUGGUGCUGAAGUCCAACAGAGCUCCUCAGAUCACUGCCAUGAUCCAGUUAUUCCUUCAGGAGCUCAUCAAGGGCUCGGGUCAUGUCGUUGCUCUGAAGAGUUUUGUGACAGAUGAAAAGAGUCUGCUCAGUUUCGACAGGGGUGACAUCAUCAAACUAUUGCCAAUGGACGGACUUCAGGAAGGUUGGCGUUUUGGCUCCAUGGGAGGACGCUCUGGUCUUUUCCCAGAAGACCUCACUCAGCCGUCUGCGGCCCCGGAGUACCAAAGUCUACACCUGGAGCGAAAAGAUACUCGGAGGAAAAGCGUGAGGCGCACUAAUCCUGCCGGUGCAGCCACGAAUAAGGCUCCAGCAGACACGCUGCUUCUCAUGGGCAGUGUUGAUUCAGAGCGUCCCAGGAGGGACACCCUGCAGCAGGGCUCAAAUCGAAGCUCAGUUCAGGGCUCUGUCAGUGAUAUGGAGGUCCUCUCACCCAUGGCUAAAUUCGCCAUUAAAUACUUCAGAGUGGGGAACAUGUCUCUGCCAGCCAGUGGGAGGAAUUUUUCGGAAGCUGUUCAACACACAGAGGUUCCCAUACAGGAGUCCCUCAUUCUCUACAGUGAUUCUGAAUUCAAUGAAUUAUCUGUCCAGUGCUUCACGACUGUGAUGCAGUUAAUGGGUGACCUGCAGCUGAAGAAGAAAAGAACCCAGGCAGACUGUCUGCGUGAUAUCUUACUGCUCGGGAAGGAGAAGGAGACGCUGAGAGAUGAAAUCUACUGCCAGGUCAUCAAGCAAACCACUCUGAACCCAGACCACUCCAGCUCUAAGCUCGGCUGGUCGCUGCUCAGUACGAUGACCGGGUUCUUCUUGUGCUCUGGCACGCUGAUGCCGUACGUCACACAGCACCUAAGCAACAUUUCUCAGGACGAUGACCAUUCAUGCCGAGAGCUGGCCCACGUGUGCCAGGAAAACCUUGAACGAUCUCUCGACUUCGGCUGCCGUCGUACCAUCCCCUCGAAAAUUGAGUUGGAAGCCAUUCUGGCUGGCAAAACAUUCCUACUCAUUUCCAUCAAGUUGCCAGGAGGAGUAAAUUUACCCAUUAAGACGCACUUCUUCAGCAUGUCAGUCGAUGUGCUUAAAGAGAUCUGUACGGAAAUGGGUAUCACAAACAUUACAGAAAUGAGAGACUUCACCAUCGUCUGCCAUAGAAAUAAAGAUGGGACUGCUCGUCCCCUCCAUCCUCAGGAAUAUCUGUUCGACUUUCUGCUGGAAGACGACUCCAUCUUCCUGUCCCUGAGGAGACUGUUGUGGAGAAACACCCUGUCCUUCAGGACUGACCUCUAUCUGGAGUUCCACUACGAGCAGCUCCUGGCCGACUACCUGAGUGGCUGCGUGUUGCUUCCUGCUGUUAUGGGUGCCUCAUUUAUCAAGCACGCGGCGGAGCUUUCGGCUCUGCAGCAUCUGGCUCGGGGAUUAAAGAAUCAGCCGUCACUGUCGGAUAUGAAGGAGUACCUGCCAUCAGAGGAGCGAUUCAGCAGAAGAGCUGAAGGGAUCCAUUCCAACUGUCUGGGUCAUUUAGCUGCCAUGCAGUCUCUCAGUCCUCGGGCUGCCAAAAUAAAAUUCAUAGAGGUAUUGAGCGGCCUGCCUAAAUUCGGCUCCACCAAUUUCUUGGCCCAAAAGGUCAGCCAGCGUGACUGCCCUUCUCCCUGUGUGGUCAGCGUCAGCCAGGAGGGUGCACAGUUUCUUGACCCAAAAACACAGGAACAAGUGUUCAUGAUUCCACUAGCAGAAGUUCAGCACAUGCGCACCACCCCACCCAAGAAACAAGGCAAAGCGUCAUCGGUCAUCAUCAGUUAUGGAAAUCCAGCUCGACCCAAAACACUCACCGUUCAUCUCAAAGCGGCCAAGGAGUUGUGCCACAUUCUGGCUCUGAUCAUCGAAGAGGUGAUUGCACCAUCAGUGAACAGUUCCAUUUCAAAUCCCCAGUAGACAUCCGUUGGGCUGUUGACUAAAAUUAACAUUAAAUCUUACCACUGCUUACGAUACCCUAACUGUUUACCAUAACUGACCCAUAACAUCCCCCCCCCCCCCACGAAAUGUAUCUCUCUUUUUGUGUUAAUUCUUGAAUUGUAUGUUGGAUAUGAAAAAAAUCUAUGCACACUAAUGCUAAUCCUCUUUUAAUUGUCAAUUUUUUGAGAGAAAAUAAAGCAGAAAUGAAACAUGUAACACUGGGAGAGAUUGGGGUAAUUUGCCAGCUGUAAUGAUAUAAUGAAUGCUGUAAAUUGUAUGCAACCGUUGCACUUCAUAAUUCAACGGCUCCAUUGUUGUCAAGUUUGUUUAUAAUUAUUGGUAACUGUUUUAAUAUCUUGUAAUAUACAGAACGUGAAUGAUUUAUGAGCAUUAAAGAAAUAUGUUGAUUCA